AUGUCGGUGAUCGGCGUGGAUUUUGGCAACGUGGACUGCGUAAUUGGCCAGGCUAAGCGCGGUGGUAUCGAUAUUAUCUUAAAUGAGAAUUCGAAUAGAAAGAACCCCAACAUGGUUUGCGUGCAGGGCAAACAGCGCUUUAUCGGCGAGGCGGCCAUUAGUAUGGCACGCAUGCACUACAAGAACACGGCCACGGACUUAAAGCGCCUUAUCGGCCGUAAAUUUAAGCACCCUGAGGUUCAGAAAGAGAUUGCGCAAUUAGCGUACACGUGCGUGGAACUUGCGAGUGGUGACGUGGGCAUUGUGCUCAACUAUAACGACGAGCCCGUCACUUUUUCGUGCGAGCAAGUCGUAGCUAUGAUCCUUAACAAGAUGCAGAACAUUGCGUCCGCCGCAAAUGAGGGCGUUAAUCCCGCGUACUGUGUGCUCUCGUGUCCAGGCUUCUAUACGGACGUGCAGCGUCGUGCUCUGCUUAAUGCCACAAAGAUCGCUGGUCUGAAUUGUCUGCGUCUCAUUAACGAGCAUACGGCCAUUGCACUUGCUUAUGGCAUUUACAAGUCGGCUCGUAAUCUAUUUCACGAGUCAGAACCUCAGCAUGUCAUGUUUAUCGACCUGGGUCACGCCAGCUACACAGUGUCUAUUGUUGCCUUCGUGCAGGGCCGCCUGACUGUUAAGUCUGCUGCCUUUGACCGCUUCCUCGGUGGUCGUGACUUUGAUAUGGCCAUUGCUAAGGACGUGGCUGCCAAGUUUGCUGAGAAAUACAAAACUGAUCCACUUGGAAAUCCUAAAUCGCGCAUAAAAUUACUUUCUGCAUGUGAGAAGGCAAAGAAAAAUCUUAGCCCGUAUGGUGUUACGGCCACGAAUCUCAACAUUGAGUGCCUUGCCGAUGACCGUGAUUACAAUGCACAAUUGACGCUUGAGGAAUUCGAAGAGCUUAUCGCCCCACUUUUAUUGCGCCUAAAUGACCCGGUUGAACGCGCUCUUGCUGAUGCUGGCAUUGACAAGUCACAGCUUGCGAACGUCGAGAUUGUUGGUGGUGGAACCCGCGUGACAAGUGUCAAGCGUCACCUUGCGGAAGUGCUAGGUCUGGACAAGGAGCAACAGAAUUUUGGCCUAAGCACGACGUUGAAUGCUGACGAGUCGGUAGCACGUGGUUGCGCUUUAAAUUGCGCCAUAUUGUCGCCCAUGUUUAAGGUUAAAGAGUUUAGUGUAACAGAUUGCGUGCACCUCCCCGUGCGUGUAUCGUGGGACGGUAGUGCUGCGGCUGGCACUCCAUCUGCUGCUGAAGAGGACGGAGACGUCAACAUGGAGACAGAGGAUAGUUCGCUUGUGAUUUUUAGCCGUAAGGAUGAGUAUCCAAAGACCAAGCGCAUUACGUUCCGUCGUGACAAGCCGUUUUCGAUUGACGCUAUGUAUGAUGAGUCAGCUAAGUCGUACCUUCCACCUGACUACGACAUGGAUAUUGGAAAGUACACUAUUUCAGGCAUGCCUAGUCAGGAAGCCGGCACUGAAAUUCCAAAAAUACGGGUGAAUGUGCAACAGGAUAUGAAUGGCCUCUUCUCAGUGUCUUCGUCGCAAUUGAUGCAAGAGAUACUGGAGGAGGAGAAACCUGCUGUGGCUGAUGGUGCGGAGGUGGAAGGUGAAAAGAAAGACGACAAGCCUGUCGAGCCCAAGAAGAAGCGCUUCCGCAAGGUUGAGCUGUCUGUGCAUGCCGCAGUUAGUGGUCUGUCUGCUGGUGAUGUGGCAGCGGCUACAGAGCAGGAAUUGAAAAUGGCACAACAAGACCGUGUGAUCGAAGAAACGUUUAACAAGCGAAACGAGCUCGAGAGCUUUGUCUAUGAAAUGCGAAACCAGAUCACGGAUAAGUUGGCAGGCUUCAUCACUAGCGGAGAAAAGAGCAACCUUGAGUCGAAGUUGACGGAAACGGAGGAUUGGCUAUACACGGACGAAGGUUUUGACAGCACGAAGUCGGUAUAUCAGCAAAAGCUGGAUGACAUGCGCAAACUGUCUUCGCCUGUAGAAUUUCGUCUGACGGAGAGCACAGAGCGUGGUGUUGCACAGGCUGAGCUUACCGCUGUCUUAGAAGAGUACAAACGGAUGGUAAACUCGGGCGACGACGCAUACUCUCAUUGGACCGAGGAGGAGAAAUCAAAGUUGCGACAAGCAUGCGCGGACGCCGAGACGUGGCUAUUCGACGCUCUAUCUAAGCAGACAGAUCUUGGUCCAACAGAUGCUCCCGCAAUCACAUCGGCUUCUAUUCGCAGUAAGGUUGUGGCUGUGCGUGCCGUGGCUCUUCCAAUCACGACCAAGCCGAAGCCGCUUCCAAAGGUUGAGACGCCCGCAGCCCCUGAAGCAGCUGAAGCCACACCUGGUGAAGAAAAGGAUGCAGCUGAGAAGAUGGACUUGGACUAA